AUGUCGGGCAGCUCGAGUUUCCGCGACAAAUCUGAGAAUAUAGAAUCGGGUGGUGGUUUUAUGGAAGAUUGUUGUAGCAGCGUAUCUUCGCAAACUAGCAAAAAUGAUAUAUCGGCAACCGAUCUUUCCAUUUUAAAUCCACCAGACGGUAUCAAAUUCGAUAAGUUCUGGACUGAGGAGGACGAAAGAAUGCUUCAGGAAGACUACGCCAAAAAAGACUUCAAGGGCUUCCGUUUUCCACCUGCAGUGCAUUAUGAUUGGAGCAAGAUCGAGGAAAACACUUCCCACCCCGGGGCAGAUUAUAACAGAACUGGAUCGACACUCGAGUUGGGGGAUAGAGAAACCUGUAAACUAUUCUCACAAGUCUUAAGCUUACCUGGCAUCGAGGGAGAUAUCGAGUUUCUCCAAUACAUUUUACAGUAUGGAGCUCACUUGGUCAGUCCGAGAUGCCCGAAACCCAAAAAAUAUUCGGGAGACUCGCCGCCCAAACCCUUGCACUUUAUGGGAAUAUUGGUGCAGAACGAUCAUGCGGAACUGAAGCCAGUGGUCAAAUUAUAUUACAGAGAUAGCUCGGACCCUUGUGUGGUGACGAAUAAUACCAUCGCCAAUCGGCAGAUUUUAUGGAUGAUUAUUAUCGCGUGGAUACUCUAUUCGGAGCAAGAAGAUCUACCCACUGUGGCCGACUACGAACAUGAAGUACGCCAAAGGCUUUCCACAGACAUGCAAGAUGAGGAGCAUGUAAUGGUUACAAAGUUGAAACAAGAGUGGCCUCUCGAAUAUCGAAGAAACGUUAUUCGAACCCAUCAAUGCCGAUACAAAUACCUGUAUCGGCAAUCACACGGGAAACAUGUCGUUGAAUUCGUUGAAAAGGUGACGCCAGAAGGCUACAAUUUGAACAACCCCGACAACAACGAUUCGUUUUACUCUGUGCAUCAUAUUGUAGAAUCCAUCCCAAGAUGGGAAAGCGACGGCGUACCUACCGCAGUAAUGAAAGAACAUCUCGCCACAAUACGUGGUCGUGAAUGGCACUGUUUUGCAAGUUGUGAUGAUAUGAUGAACUUGGGCAUUGUGCUUACUCCGAUACAUUUGAAGCCGGAUUGGUCGUCGAUGGAUGUCUCAUGGUAUGUACAAAAUAUCUGGGGAGAAGGACCCAACAAAGUCUUUCUCGAUCACAAUGGGGAUUAUGUGGACACGGAGAAUAAGGAUGCAUGGUUUCUUUCUCGAUUUGAUCGCCAGUUAUUGAGCCCAUGUCAAGCUUGCUAUCGUCCGGUUUGUUGCCAGAUGAGGCGGAGGUGGAAUGGUGUGUUUGUUCGUACGGUGGUUCGAGAGGGGCAUCCGGAAGAAUAUGCUAUGCAAAAUUUUCGUGAAAGACUCGGAAAUAUCAAGCGAUGA